AUGGCUUUGAAAUGGCAUUGGUUGCUACGCCACUGGCGACGCGCGAGGCGAGAACGGCUGCAUCCGCGGCGCGCAGAUGCGGAUGGAUAUACCCAAUUCGAUACCCCUUUCUUCCUGAUUAGCAGCAGCAUUACGAAAAUCGAUUCCCUCGCCACAACCCACAACUGCACUAUUUGUCUGACUGCUUCCUUCCUGCAUCCUAAUCCCAUCGCACGACCUGGUGUUGUGUUUUGCCGAUUCCGGUUCGCCUUUUCCGUUGCGUGUGUGUGUUUUUUUUCUUCUUGGGGCUAUUCAGGGGAACUACGAGGGAUGAUGGAGGAUAAUUUUAUUGAUCACGUGCGUCAUGAUGGUCAUUUCAAUGAUAUGGAAUGGGGGAGCUGGAAGGAGGUCGCUUUCUGGACAAUUGCGCUCUUGGCCAAUGUUGGCUUCAUUAUGUACGCAGCUUGGAGAUUGGCAGUGAAGCACACGGAUGCCACUGGAAGCUCUAUUUUGGUGCCUAUGAAAGUCGAUGACUCUUCAGGUCAAUCUUCAGCUGUGCAGAACGCUCGGAGACGUGGUGGCAAGCCAGAACUUCCGCAGUAGACGAUCCCAGUUUCAUACAUGAUAAGAUGCUCCGCACCCAUGUCUCAUAUUUACAAUCGACGGGCCUGAUGAAUCUGCGUCAAACCUCGCCCGUCUCGUUUUAUUGUGGAGCAUUCUUGAGUAUGCACUAUCCAAAUCUUGUUGGAAAACAAUGGGGUGCAACGAUGCUGCACGGUGAUCUGCUCGUGACAUACCUAUUUCACCGAAACCUGUCCAGAAGUAUUUGCUUUUGAGGUUGCGUUCAAGGAUUUGAUUAAUCUGAUGCGCUAAAUCGGACGAAACGAAUUAUUGUUGCUUGGUUAGUAGCAUCAGCUGGAUUUGAGUUUGUGGCACUCUGAUGAAAUUGAAAACAACACUGCAACUGCAGAUUGUUGUAGAAAUGUUUUGUGUUAAAAAUCACUUUCCAGGCCAUGAGGAGAUUACACAUUUUAUUUAAGAUACAGUUUGUAUUUGUUGGCCUGAAUUGAUUUUGAGACUGAUAGUUAA